AUGAUCUUCCAAGGUCAAGAAACUCAGUCCAUCGCAGAUUGCGACUAUUUCCAUUGCCCUUUCUCCGGAACGAUAUUUCUCGUGCACAAAGAAGAUAGCGACAGCCCUUCGAGACCCACCUUGUACGACGACAUCCCUGACGUCAUGGAUGAUAGCCUCGACGACUCCGAGCUCGACGACGUCAUGCCGCAAGUGGCUGAAGCCAAGGUCCAGCCCUCCAACCGAGACGACACGGCCUCCUCUUGCUCCGACUCAGACCAGGCGGGCACAACAAGCAUGGAGAAAGACUCCUCUGCCGACCUCGAAACCAAGCCAGACCCACAGGCUUCGCGGGCCUCCCCCAGCGAGAAGUCCGUCACAGUACACUCGCGCAGGCUCACCUCGUCCUCCGUGCAGCCUGUACAGAUCACUGCCGAGCUCUUGGCAGAGCACUUCCACGAGAGCCUCGAGGUGGCGGCGAGCAAGAUUGGCAUCGGCAAGUCGACGAUGAAGAUCGUAUGCCGGCGGCUGGGGAUCGAGAAGUGGCCGUACGUGCACACGGGGUCAAGGCGGCGGAGGGGGAGGGCGGGGCAGGAGAAGGCGAAGAAGGGGGAGAGCGAAGGAGAGGUAGGUGGCGGGAGGAGGACUCCUCGUUCCGACGAGCUUCAGAAGCAGUAA